AUGAAGGACUCUAGGAGGUACUUUGCACUACACGACACCACGUCAUGCAUCAUGUACUGGGGCUUGGCCAACGACUUGCUUGCGAUCGAGCACGACGAGUCGGGCGUCGAUGGCCUGCACCUCGUUCGACAAAGCUCCAAGUUUGCGUUUGCAAACGUGAGCAUGGAAUCUCUCCUGGCCCAACAAAGUGUCCUUUUGCUUCCCCUGUCCGUCGGCCGGCACAUUGUGCGCGAUACCCUUGACCCGUUCGGGCCGUGCCCGGUCGCUGUCCGCGCCCUUCACCGCACCAUCACUGCAACCAUCAUGACUGUCUUGAAUGUCAACAGCGAAGCCCAUGCUACGUUCCUUUCGCUGCCCAGCCUAUACGAUGGACUCGUGCCCCCGCACAGCUACUACUCGAAAGCCCCUGGAACGCUGGAAGUUAUUCGAUCGGUGGCUCGAGCGCUCGCAAUGGAAGAAGUUCGCGACGCGUUGGGCGUGUCGUUGCUGUGGCUGCCCCCCGGUAUGGUGGCUAACCCCUGGGAAAUCCUCCGGAAUAUAUCACUGCACACGUAUCACCUGUCUCGAUACAUCACAUACGUGUUGGCCAUGGUCGCCGUCGGCGUGUGCGUCCGGUGCAGUGUGGAUUGGGCGGCCGCUUCUGUUCCUCCGGGGACUCAUCGCCCUGUGUCUACGUCGUUGGAUCUGGCACAGAACUUCCAAGGGUCCAUUUUCGCGAUGCGCCAUCGGCCCCCCAACACCCUCACGACGUCCGUCUCAUCCAACCAAGUCAACUAG